UUGAAAUUUUCUCCAGACCACGUUUUUACGGUGCUCGCAAUGUUACGACUCACAUGGAUUCUGAUUUUCAUCGCCGCUAGCGGUAUCAAUGCUGAGGAAGCCCAAGAUAAUGAUGGCGAUGUUGAUAUCAGCAAAUAUCCAUAUCUCGCGUUGAUUAGAAGGAACGGCAAACCCGUUUGUAGCGGUGUGAUACUCGACGAAUAUCACAUCCUCACGUCAGAUAGAUGCGUUCCUCCAUUCGAACAUGUUUGGAACGUUAUGAACUCUAUAUACGUGACCUGCGGUACGAGCAGCCUUAAACCCAGCGGCAAAAGUAUUUUUGUAAAGGAAAUGUUCUCGCAAAAUCAUUUCGUUAAUCCAGUUGAGAAUCCCUUCACGAGCGGCCUUGGUGUGCUUAAGCUCUCGGAACCGCUCCAGUUCGGAGAAAAUGUGCAGCCGGUUGAACUAUCUGAAACGGAAGUACCACUUGACGCGAAACUGCAAAUGGUUGGGUGGAUGGUGUCUGAUCGUCAAGGGAAAAAGACGGCGCAUCUCAAGAAAGUUACGUUAAAUACUAUAAAAUCUCAAGAGUGCCAGCCUUUCCACAAGAAGAAUCUUAGUAAGUCUGAAUUCUGCACUCAGCCGGAACCCGAAGGCGAAUUUUGCAAGGGUUUCAGCGGCAGUCCUUUAAUUUACAAAGAUAAACUUGUCGCUGUGACUACUUACGGUAUUUCAUGCAAUAAUACUCCGGUUCCGGAUGUUCAUGCCAGAAUAGACGAAAAUAAUCGCGAAUACCUGCGUGAGAUUCUAGAAGGGUAAAGAUUUUUCAUCCUUUCCACAUCGUUAUUAAUUCUUAUUUUAAAUACAAAUUUUUGAAGACGAAUGAUAAUUGCGAAGAAUAUUAAGAGAGAAAUGAUAAAUUACAAACAACGCUGUACACUACGUUUGUAUAUAUAUGAUAAUAAUUUCUAAUAAUAUAUUAAAAAUGAUGUUAUUGAUAAAAAUUAAUAUAUUCAAAAAUAUAUAUUUUAUAAAAAUUAAAUUGCAAAUUAUAUAUUAAAUAUUGUCUAAUUAUGUAAUAUAAUAAGAUUACAAUGAUCGAUAUGUUACAUAAUUGUGUAACAUAUGAUGAUGCUUGAUUUUUGUUUCUUUUAUUUUACGUCAAUUUUGAAUAAAUCACGCAAAUUAUAUUAUGUAAAUACUUGCAAUAUUAAAUAAAGAUUAUC